AUGGCGCAGUGUUACCACCCCGACAGAUACGGGCCGAGUCACCCUAGAUUAGUGACCGGGGCGAGCAUAUCGAGUGUGGUACCUUGCCUUGGUCAGCUUUCGACCGGGUCCUAGUCUCCCGUCGGCUUUCGUCCCUGGAGGAAACAGGUAGAUCCAAAGAUGCGCGCGUUUCUCCUGUUCGCCGUGCUGAUCGGAGGUUCACUGGCCUGCCAGAACCGCUUGGAGACCCUAGUUCAAGAGGCCAGCGGUGGAGCACCUGAUCUGUCUACCGACGUACGAGACGAGUGCAACGCGCGGGUGGGCACGUUCAACUCCGUGCAUGCGCCCCAGUACAAGAAAGUGAUCAACAAGGCUCUGAAACUGGCUCUGCAGUACAUGUCGAUCUCCAGCCACUUCGGCCGGGACACCAACCACCGACUGGGCUUCCAAAAGCUCUUCAAGAGUGCCUCGGACGAGCGCUUCGAACAGGCCGUGUCGAUGAUCAAGUACGUGGUCAAGCGCGGAGGCACCAUGCACCAAGCCCUCAAUGUUAAGCUGCCGACGACUGGCCUGUACAACCCGCUGCCGCUGCCCUCCCUCGGCCUGGCCCUGACCGACGCCAAGGACAUGUACGAGGAGCAGGCGCGCCUGCACCGCGGCGCCCUCUGCCUGACGGCCACCGCCGGCGGCAUCGCUGAAGCCGGCUGCGCGCUCGACGCCGAUCUGGCUCACCAGGCUCAGGACGCCCUCGAGUCCGAGGUGGAGAGGGUCAGUGGCCUGGCGAGCAAGGCCAACCUUCUGGCGUCCAUGUUCACCAGCGGCGAGCACAGCCUGGCCGAGCACCUGUUCGACCAGCAACUGCUGAAAUAGUGCCACAGGUGGCAGCACCGUGAGCGCUACGGACACCCGGUGCCAGCGCAGUCGGUAGUAAUCACGACAGAAGGUGGCGCUGUGAGACAGAAGGUGGCGCGCCGAUGCCGGGCGCUUUUGUAAUUGUGGCACGCACGUCUUUGCGCUAUGUACAGAGUGAAGGAGAGUCAAUACAUCUAGUGCACUUACCGGACACGA